AUGGCAUUAACACAAGAAUGCAACCAAUUGGUAGAAGGGAAGUUACCACCAAAGCUGAAUGAUCCUGUAAUUUUCACAGUUCCCUGCAACAUUGGAGAUUCUUUUUGUGGUAGAGCCAUAAGUGACCUUGGGGAAAGCAUAAACAUUAUGCCAUUGUCCAUUUUCAAAAAGCUUAGUAUAGGGGAAGCAAGGUCAACAACAAUCACUCUUCAAUUAGCUGACAGAAGUAUAUGUUAUCCACAGGGGAAGAUUGAAUAUGUUCUUAUCAAGGUUGAUAAGUUUGUUUUCCUGACUGAUUCUAUAAUCGUGGAUUUCAAUGCUAACGAGGAAGCUCUCAUCUCUCUGGGAAGGCCUUUCCUUUCCACAGGAAGAACUUUAAUUGAUGUGGAAAUAGGAUAA